AUGCAGGACGAGGCAAAUGAUUUGAGAUGCAACAGCCUGCGAUGCCGCAAGAUGCUGAUAGAAGAAGGCAAAGCGGUGACAACGACAUGCUCGCACAUUUUCUGCAUCGAUUGCGCCACAGAUCUUUUCGAAGAUAGCCAGACGUGUCCUGCGUGCCAUACUAAUCUCGCCGAGCGCGAUGAUAUCAUUCUCAGCUCGCUUGAACCCUCUGAGGAAUACAAGAGCAGCUGCUUAGCCGGACUGUCCCCACAGCUUAUCAUGGAUAUCGCUGGACGCGCUUUUAGGUUCUGGCAGUAUCAGCAUUCUGAGGAGGCUGGCUUCCAGGCAAUGCUGCUCAGGGAUGUACAGGAGAAAUUGGCAGUGGUUGAAAAUAAACACCAAGGCCAAGCGAGGGAAUUCAGCAGCCAAGUUUCAGCGCUUCAGAUGCAAGUCAGCAAUGUCACUUUAGAACUCCACGGCGAGCGGCGCAGAGUUCAGGCGCUUAUCAAAUCCCACCAAGAACAAGAAAAUGAAAUAAAGAGAGUCAAGAGCAGCGUAAUAGCAAAUAGACGCAACAGCCUAACUGAGAGAGGCACUAGAUCGACAAUGCACAUCCCACAGCAGGAGCGACUGGAACGACUGGAAACACCGCCUCACACUGCACAAUACGCUCCUCCAACUCCAAGUAGAAUAGCGACUGCGAAUAUAUACGCUAUGCAGAAUGCCUCACAUAGUAACGGUUAUAACGUUUACAACGGCUAUGAAAGGACCUCCGCCGCGUUCGGUUUCAACAGAGGUGGUCCGUUCGAAGCAGUAAACAAGUCACCCGUGAAGCGUAUCAGUACUUCAUCCCCAAUCAAGACUCAUGCCUUAUCGCGCAAAACCUAUCUACAUAGGUAA